AUGACCGGAAAAAGAAGCAAAAGAAGCCCACUGGGGAGCCCCUCGUCGGGGGACAUGUCAUCAGACGUCAGCUCCUCAAAAGAACAAGACAGGUUCCUCCCCAUUGCCAACGUCAGCCGCAUCAUGAAAAAAUCACUCCCGGCAAACGCCAAAAUAUCCAAAGAAGCCAAAGAGACCGUCCAAGAAUGCGUUUCCCAGUACAUAAGCUUCAUCACCGGCGAAGCGUCCGACAAGUGCCAAAGAGAGAAGAGGAAGACAAUCAACGGCGACGAUCUUUUGUGGGCCAUGACGACACUGGGGUUCGAGAAUUACGUUGGACCCUUGAAGAAUUACCUCAACAAGUACAGAGAGAAUGAAGGAGAUGAGAAGAUUAAUGAAUCCAUUGCUUUGCAAGGAGACCAAUCUCCUACCAAUCUCAUAUGCCACUCUUAUUCAUUUGGAACUCCAAAGAGUUUGGUGAAUAUUAAUGGUGCUUUUAACUCGAAAAAGAUCAACGAAAAUGGCGAUGGAAAUGGUAAUAGAAUUAUGGGAGAUCAUCUUCAUCAUGAAGUUGAAUGGUAG